CAGUUAGUUAACUUUGAGCUGUGCUUUAGAAUGCUUCGACGAAUCGCAGUUAUCACGUUGUUUUUGGGCCUUCUUAGCUUCGGUGUGCAAUCGGCCGAGCAGGAUGACACGCAGUGCGGAUCCUUCAAUGAGGAUCAAAUGCUCAAGCAGAAAGACUUUGCUAUUCCCACCGAGCACCAGUGGGUAGUCCGAAUAGUCUAUGGCAAGGGGUUUGAGGGCAAGAUUAAGAACAAUGGCUGCCUGGGCGCCCUGAUAUCGAAGCGCACUGUGCUGGCCCCCGCCCACUGUUUUGUUCAGUACAACGGGGUGGCAGAGGCCUUCUCCGUUCACCUCGGUGUCUUUAACAAGAGUGCUCCCGUUGGAGUGAAAGUCUGCGAAUUGGAUGGCUAUUGCACCCGUCCUGCGCAGGAGAUCAAGCUGGCCGAAAUAGCCAUCCAUCCGGAGUACGAUUCGCGAACCCUUAAGAACUCUCUGGCCGUGCUCACCCUACAGCGAGAUGCCAAGAUCUAUCCGAACGUAAUGCCCAUCUGCAUGCCACCUAUAAACUUGCUCAACGAAACACUGGUGGCCCAGACCUUCAUGGUGGCUGGUCUGCGCAUCUUUGAGGAUCUGCGAUUGAAGACGUGGGUGAAUACGCUGAGCCGACCCUUUUGCCAAAAGAGGGUCAAAACUUUGGUGACCAGCAGCAAUACGGUGUGUGGCUACCACGCCCAAAAGGAGGCCUAUUAUCUGGGAGCCCCUCUGGUGGGGAUGCAGAAGAAGGGUCACUCCACCCAGAACUUCUACCUGGUGGGCAUCAUGAUCGACUGGGGCUGGGAUGGCGAUCGCGUCAUGUCCAGCUUCCUGGCCAUUCGCAACUACAUGGACUUCAUCAAGCAGAAUUCCAACUCACUGAUUGUACGCUCCUGAGCGCUGAAUAAAGUACACACGAAAAAAUGCCA